CCGCUGCUCUUCGCUGUCCACGUCCCCGCGGUGUCCGAGUUCUACCGGCUGCGAUGCGUCUCGCGCCCCCGCGCUAAGAGAACACACACUGUGGAGGAAAAACUUCGGAGAAAUGGCGGAGGGCGCUUCGACUCUCAAAGGCUUGCGAUCCCAGAUGGCUGCAGCUGCACAGGCCCAGGCAGAGGAGCGGCGCAGCCAGGCAGGAAAUAGUCCAGGACCUACAACUAACACCUCAGCUAAACCUCAGGGGUGUAAACCAGUCCUCGACGGUGCUGUUCUUAGAAUAGACGACCGGCUGCGAGUGGCAAAAGAGAGGCGAGAGGAGGCAGACAGACAACAGGUUUUGCGAGAGUCUCAGAUUAUGGAGCGGGAGCGUAAGGCCAAGCUGCAAGUGGAGCGUCAGUUGGAGGAGCGUCAGAAAAAGGUUGAGGAACAGCGAAAGAAGGAGGAGCAGAAACGACAGGCUGUGGAGGAGAAGAGGAAGCAGAAACAGGAAGAGGAAAAGGAGCACUACGAGGCAGUGAUGCGGCGGACAUUGGAGCGUAGCCAGCGUGUGGAGCAGAGGCAGAAACGAUGGUCAUGGGGAGGACUGUCCACAGACUCCGAUGGACGAACAGGAGAUUCUGAUGCCAGCGCCUCAUCUCCAGUAACUAUAGUUAUCUCCCCUGCCUCGCCAGACAAGCCACCGAGGAGUCGACAAGUGGACAAGCGCUCCACAUCCACCCUGAACUUGAAACAGUCGUCCGAGGCUGGCAUCAGCAAACGCCUAUCCUCUUCCUCUGCCACCCUCAUCAAAUCUCCCGACAAACGUGUUAAGCAGAGGAGUUCGUCUUGUAACCGGUUGCCUAGCAAUGUGAAUGCUCCUCAGGCCAGUAAGGAAGAUGUCAAAAAGCCUCAGGUGGAAAAGACAGGCCAAUCCAUGAAGAAGAGAAGCUCCUCCCUCACUCGAGUAAGUGUGGGCAGAGCACAGACCCCUACCAAGCCUGAUAAGGGGACAACGGAUGAUCAAGCUCGCAAGGCACCGGCUAGCACUGUGGACGGAGGGGUCCUUAGUCGCCUGCUCACCCCCACCCAGGCCUCACUAGCUAGGAGCAAGAGCGCCGCCGCCCUGUCCGCUGAAGGAACAGAUGCUCCAGCCUCUGCCACUCCCCUGCACCCACCACGCGGACCUGUGCGCAGCCGUAGCAUUGACCGACAGAAGAGCGGCAUGACCACCUCUGUUUCAGCCGACGGAGCCCUCGACCCUUCACUGAAGGACAAGCAGUCAACAUCGCCAGCAGGGCAACGUCCCGCCUCCCCAUCCUCCACCCUGGGACGCAACCGCUCACCAUCCCCAGCCCCCAGUCCAGCUCCAAAGAGGACCCCCUCCCCAGCAACAUCCAAGCAAAGUUCCAAGACACGCCCAUCCUCACCUGGUGGAAUGAAACAACGUCCCCCAUCUCCCCAGCCCACAUCAACCAAACCCCCACCGAUCCAGAAACCAGCUCUUACUCCAACAGGACCCCCUACUUUACGAAAGAGAGACUCAAAGCCCAAGGAUUUGUGUCCUGUCCAGGCUGUGUCUCCGCAGUCCUCUGACAGCAGCAAGACCAAAGACAAAGACAAAGAUGACUCGAAGGGCUCGACGGGAACCAACUCGGCUGCUGAGGCGGCAAAGAUCCUGGCUGAGAAUCGCAGGCUGAUGCGAGAGCAAAAAGAGAAAGAGGAGCAGCUCAGGAUACAGAAGGAGGAAGAAGAGAAGCUGAAAAAGGAAGAGGAAGAGCGUGUAGCGGAGGAGGCCCGACUGAAACGUGUGGAGGAGGAGAAGAAGCUAGCAGAGGAGAGAAAAGUCAGAGAAGAAGAGGAAGCUGUGAUGGCGGAGGAGGAGCGGGUGAGACUGGCAGAGGAGGAGGCCGUGAAACAGGUCGAGCUACAGAAAGAACGAGAGGAGGCUGAGGCCAAGGCUCUGGUUGAGGCGGAAAAAGUACGUCAGGAGAGAGACCGCGUCAUGCAGCAGAACCAGCACGAGCGAAUGGAGAGAAAGAAGAGAAUUGAUGAGAUAAUGAAGAGAACUAGAAAAGGGGACCCUAAUGACAAGAGAGAUGAUGAUAAAUGCUCACAGGACAAUGACGACAAUGAGGACAAUGAUGACGACGAUGUGGAUUCAAACUAUGAAGCAAACGAGAUGGAUGACAUCGCCAUGGAGGCCGACAAAUAUGAUGAGUGCGGUCUGUCCUGUGAACCAGUGAAUAUCAGAGAGGAGGCCCUGGACAGGGUGAACGGAAAACCAGAGACUGACGACAAGGAGAACAACAAUGGCAUAAGCACAGAUGAGACCGAGGCAAUAAGUCCAGUCCCUAAAGGCCGCCACGUGGAGGGCUCAGAGUUCCUGAACGAGCAGGACUCUGCUAAAGUGGGCUUGAUCCCAGGUCUGAACGGUAAAUCCAACCAGUGGAGCUUUGAGGAACUGAUUGACCUCAACGUCCACUCCAAGACCCCCCUCAUCGCGGCGGAGGACUGCAACCAAGUCUUGAUCAACUGUGACGGGAGCUCAGAUGGGACCAGGGUAGCCUUCGAGGACAAGGGAACCCCCGUCAACCCCCUGCAUUCCUCUAAUCAACCCAUAGAAGCCCUUUCAGAGAUGUGAUGCUGCUUCCAUCCCUUUGAAGCCUCGCACUGUUGCACUCCUGAAGUUCCUAUUAAGCUGAGCUCAUUAAAAAAAACAAAAAAAGCAAGUCCUCUACCGGUUCCAAACAGCUUCCUCCUCUUUGUCCUCCUCCUCCUCCAGACGGAGGAACACAAGGUGAAGCGGAAAGACCUCCCUAAGUGCUACCUUUGCACCGCACAUUAUGAGGAAACAUAUGUAUUGAAAUUAUAUAUUUAAAAAGAAAUCCUUCAGGGAAAUUCCAUAUAUUCCUUAAACAUGCUUUCUUCAGGUCUCUUUCCUCUCCCACUUGUGUUUAGUUCUUCUCCCACAUGUUAUUUCUUAUUUUCCCUGUGUUGUGUCCUAUUUUGAUGUUUUUUAAGAGCUUUGUCAGGGGUGCAUUGUUGUAAUUUAUUAAUUUUGGCUUCUUUGUAAUUGUAAUUAUUGUUAUUAUAUGUUACGUUUUUUGUUUCUCUUCUGUGACAAUAUUCCAGGACACGUGCGUGAACUGACAUUGUGAGUAAACGGAAGGAACGUUUAAACGGUCUGUCCUGUCGGGGGUUGAGGGGGCGGGGAGCAUCCCAGGAUUUGCGUGUGAUUCACCUAAAUUUACUUGACCGGCUGUUUUUGCAGCAUCCAGCAAUAUGGCCUUAUCGCGUUUCCCAACCUCGACGUAUGAAUAUACUAAAUUCUUUGUGCUGAAAGCUCACAUGCGCACAGCUCAGCCGUCUCAGUUGGGAGCAGAUUCAUGCUUCACCUCACACAUCUCGGUUCUUUCACCCCCAUUGUGUUUCAUGCCAACCACACACUUGUCGCCCAGCUUCUCCCUCCCUGUGUUUCCUUCGUUGGCCACUAGAGGGAUUCAGGCGCUCGGCUGUAACGUUUGAAGCUGUUUGGUGUCGAGAUGAAAUGUCGACACAGUUGUGAAUUCAAAUGUUCGGUGGAGCCUGAGCACUUUGUCGAUAUAGAGUUGGCAUCUCAUUUAGGUUCCAUGUAUAUAAACUGUAUGUUUCUUGAGUUGUAUCCAGUUUUAGUGUCUAACAUCUGUAGCGACGCCGCCUGCAGCUCACUCACUUCACACAAGUGAAGUUCAUUAGUUUCCUUCAGCGUGUCUUUGGAAAACAGUGUCUGUUAACUGACCUGAACUUGAAUGUUUGGCUGUUCUGUCAAUAAUGUUAAACUUUCGACUACAGUUUUUCCAUUUUGUGCUUCAUCACAUCCAUACACACAUUUCUUCCAUUCAUCCUUCCACCCAUGCGGCUUUAUCAUAAAUUUCACUGUCCCACUAACCUCCCUCUAAAAAACCUCCUCUUACACAAGCUGCUGCAUCUGAAACAAAAGCAUUUCAACUAUUUUUGAUAAUAUACAAAUUUGGCUUUUUGUUUGUUUAUAUAUGAAAAUACAUUUCUACAUAUAUUUAAGUGUUAUUGUAUUGUGUAUAUAAUCAGUAUUAGGCAAAUGAAGCCAUGUUCCGGUGGGAGUGGUGUCAGGAUGUGGAUAAUUGAAGUCUCUGUGUAUGUGUAUGUGCGUAUAAGAUUUAAGGUCUCUGUUCUUCAUGUGCCCUGUGAGGGGAAGUCAGAUUUGUCGAAGGGCACAUCGGAAAACUAAUAUUUAUCUGAAGCCCUCUUCCAUAAGAGCUCCGCAAAAAAAAAGGGGCCACUGUGGUGUGUGUCCCCAAGCUCUGGUUUUGAUUCAGAUAUUGCCUCAUAAAAAAAACAAGUCAACAUUUUGAUGGUGAGCGGAGCUCUUGCCCUCAGCGACAUGUCUGAGCCAUGAAAUCAGUCGCGUCUGUGCCUCACAGUGAUUUUAAAGUCACCGAAAUAUGUUUUAGAAACUGUCAAAGGAUGAGGGGAUGUCGGCUCCUCCGUUGCAACGACGCACAUCCGCUAAACAAAACCAGACGUGGGGCCAGACUUGUUUUCCCGCAUUGUUGUUCUGUCUGUUCUGGAUUUUUGUACUGAAACGUUUAAAUUCCCUGAUGCUUGAAUUGUCCAAGCACCAGGUUGGGGGACCUUGAUGUUUUGUUUUUGCCUUGUUCUCUGCUGGCUGACUAAAACUGGCUUUCAUUAAUAAGCUCGAAGAAUGUAACAGACUCCAUAAGCCGUCCUUCAUUAUUUACCACAUCUCUCAAAAGCUGCCCGCUUUUAGCUUUCGUGCAUUAUUCAUCUAGGAAACGCAGCGACUCUUUGCACUGUUUCAAAGUACUCGCUGUGUUUUAUGAAUGGUAACAUAAGAGUAGCUUUACUGUACAGAGCCCAAGGAGAGUUGUGCGAUAUUCUGGAAGAUGUCGUCUUGUCUUUGUUCCCGUUCCACACAUUUUAAAAGUCUCAUUCAUAACCUGAAACUUCUACCUACUCAUGCCUACACCCAAACUCCUCCCCACCCCUCCCUCCGCUCCUGUGUAGCACCUGUUUGGGGGCUGUUGUAGCUGCUGCUUGAACAGAUACUGUAUCUAUUCCAGGUCCUGCUGCAUCUUUUAGGGCUCAAGCGCUCAACGUUGUCUGAUACAAUAGGAUAGAACGGUGCCUUAGUUUGAGAUUUAGUAUUUUUAUUGUAUCACUUGUUACUAAGAAAGUUUGUCUUUACCUCAGCCUCGACAAUCAGUUCACCCAACCAGGGCGACUGUGUGAAUAUUGAAUAUUUCUCUGAAAGAUUUACAGACCUAACAACGCCCUGUUCAGAAAAUACAAAUUUGUACUGUAAAUAUAUCUAAAAGUGUACUGAGUUGACACAAACUGUUACAACAAUAAAGUUUGCAAAAAUA